UCAUCUGGAGGAGAAAUUCUAAUGGCAACAAUAAUGGUUCCAAGGAUCAAACUCGGGUCGCAAGGUCUGGAGGUUUCGGCCCAGGGUCUGGGCUGUAUGGGAAUGACUGCGUACUACGGCACACCCAAGCCCCAACCCGACAUGAUUAACCUCAUCCACUAUGCACUCAACUCCGGUAUCACCUUUCUCGACACCUCCGAUGUCUAUGGCCCCCAUACCAACGAGAUUCUCCUUGCCAAGGCUUUGGGAGGUGGGAUGAGAGAGAAAGUGGAGUUGGCAACAAAGUUUGGAAUUAGAAGUAGUAUAAGCACCCCAACAAAGUCAAGUGUGCAACAAAGUAUAUGUGGGGAUCCUGCCUAUGUAAGAGCUGCAUGUGAGGCGAGCUUGAAGCGGCUUGAUGUUGAAUGCAUUGACCUCUACUAUCAGCACCGCAUUGAUAAACACAUUCCCAUUGAAGUUACGAUGGGAGAACUUAAAAAGCUGGUUGAAGAAGGUAAAAUAAAAUACGUAGGUUUAUCUGAGGCUUCAGCUUCAACAAUCCGAAGAGCUCAUGCUGUUCAUCCGGUAACAGCAGUACAGUUGGAAUGGUCUCUUUGGUCGAGAGAUGCAGAGGAAGAGAUUAUUCCUACUUGCAGGGAGCUUGGGAUUGGAAUUGUUGCAUACAGUCCUCUGGGACGAGGAUUUUUGUCGUCAGGUCCAAAAAUAGUUGAGAAUUUAUCAGAAGUUGAUAGGCGAAAGAGUCAUCCAAGGUUCCAAGGUGAGAAUGCUGAGCACAAUUACAAGUUGUAUGAGAGGAUCAACAAAGUGGCAGCCAAGAAGGGAUGUACCCCAUCACAACUAGCAUUGGCCUGGUUGCAUCACCAGGGAAAAGAUGUCUGCCCCAUUCCUGGUACCACUAAGAUCGAAAACCUCAACCAAAACAUCGGAGCUUUGUCUGUGAAUCUUAUAGCGGAAGACAUGUCGGAGCUUGAAUCCAUUGCUUCGGCAGUGAAAGGCGACAGGCAGCCCCCGGGUGUUUCAACCUGGAAAGAUUCUGAUACUCCACCUUUGUCAACAUGGAAGGCUACAUAAUUG